CACUAAAUCUAUUCAAAUAUUGUUUACGCAACAAUUAACACCUUAAAUGAAAAUUGAAAAUGUUUCUGAUGGUUGUGAUGAAUGAACAUAUGGAUUGAAUAAAAUGAAGAUGUCAGAAAAAAGAACCAGUUUAGCAUACCAGAGUCUAACAGAAAUUCCAGUACAGUUGAUAAAACAAGGAUCUGAUAUAGAAGAACUUGAUCUGACACACAACAAGAUCUCAGAUUUACGCUUCCUGAUAGAUUUUCCCAACUUGACAACACUUAUAUUAGAUCAUAAUGGAAUCAAUUCACAGGUCAAAUUACCAGAAAUGUCUUGCCUUCAUACAUUAUGGGUCAACCAUAACAGAAUAUCUAAUCUUGGUACAUUUAUUUCAACUCUCAGUAAAAACUGUCCUAAAAUGAAGAUUUUAUCAAUGAUGAAUAAUGAGGCAGCACCUAGCUAUUUUAAUGGUGGAACAUAUCAACAAUUUAUAGAUUAUAGAUAUUAUGUUAUAAGCCAGUUGCCUAGGUUAGAGAUUUUAGAUGACAAGAAAAUAGAGCCAAAUGAAAGAGAAGAGGCACUGAGAAUAUAUAGGCGAUCUGUCUCAAAACCAAAAAGGAAACAAUCCCUAAAGAAAAGAGCAAGCAUGGAAAAUUUGGGACAAUCAAACCUAGAAAAUGGUGAACAUUCAAACAUGGAUAGAGUUGAUGAAAGGACUACUUUGGAGGAUACUCAAUAGCAUAUUUUCAUUUGUUCAUGAGUUUGUGUUAAAAAAAUUAUUUUUGUGUCUAAGAUGCUGUCAUAUUGACAAGCGCUUCUUUUAUUCUUAGCAUUUGUGUAAAUCAAUUGUCUGUAUUUUUACUGCUGUAUGACAGCAUACAUGUAUUUAUACUGCAAUUGGCCAAGUGUUGUACAAAUUACAUGCAUACACAUAAUUUUCUACUUUAUUUGUACUUGUACAAGUAUAGUCUCAUGUGUUAUAUCCUGCUUUUAUGUUAAGAAAAUGAUAAUGUGAUUUUUUUUACAGUAGCAAUCAAUUUUGUGGUGCUUUUUAAGGUUAUGUAUUUAAACUAUUGCCUGUGGUGAUUUCUAUGAAAAAUAAGAGAAAAACUUCUUUGAUUUGAACAACUAACUUUGAAUUGUAGGAUAAAAACAAUACAUGCAUUGUUGGAAAUGUAAAAUAAAUUUCUAUUGCUGCAAAACAUGAGAAAAGAUCGGUUUGCCUUGUUUUUCAUCCAGUUUCUAAAAGCAUAAUUUUAUGUUUUCAGACGUUGUACAUAUAUUGUAUAUUUAUAUAAAUGUAAAAGUGUUCUUUUUGACAGCUCAACCAUGUCAUGAGGAAGAAAAAUAUACUUUUCAUAAUAUAAGCUUUCAGCUAUAAAAUAUAGUUAAUUAAACAUAAAUUUCUCUUCCAUGUACAUCUCAUGAAUCUUUUAGGAGUUAAUUCCCC